CUGCGCGUCAUUCUGUGAUGUUCAUAUAUUUUGUUCUCGUUUCGUAUAUUUUCCUUUUUUACGCCCAGAAAAGAAUUCCACAACGUUGAUGAAUGUAUUUAAAACAAAGGAGAGAUGGGCGCUAAAUCCGCGAUUAAAUUGAGGAAAAGAGGUAUCGCUUUCAAAUGCGAUUUGUGCGGUCGCAAACUUAUGACUCCAGAUGCCUUAGUGGCACAUCAAAGGACAGCCCAUAAUGUUAAUACAAAACGUCGAGGGAGGCCUCAACAUGCCUCUAAGCCUAUUGCACCAGCUAAAGCACAAGUAAAAGUAAUGGAAAAGGAAACUGCAGCGCCGUCGGUACAUGCGGAGCCUUUGAAGGAAUCUGUGACCAAAGUGGAAUUCGAAUGUCCCAAGUGCUUUAAAGCCUUUCCGACGUACUUUACCACUCUUAAACACAUUCAGAAGUACCAUUGUGUUAGCGGGAAAGAUAUUACAGUGCAACCGCAUCAUGCAAACCUUAUUCAGCCGACGCGUGUAGAAUUGUGCCUCAAAUGUAAGGGCAAAGUUAACCAGAUGUGCAAGCACGUUUGCAAAGUUCCUCCAAACAAUACGACCGACACUCUGAAGCUUUUUGUGUGCGCUGCAUGUGAGGAGUGGUUUCCAAAUAUGAAGGCUUUGAAUAGUCAUAUUGUGAGUAGUCAUGGCGACCAUGUUGAAAGUAUGUUCUUUCCCACUCACUUAGAGUUCACCAAAUGGAAAGCGGAGGUUGAACAGCAAAUGAACAUUGGCUACAGCUCCAUAGAGCAAUAUGAUUCUAAGUCGUAUUACCACUGCAACUUUUUGAACGAUGUUCGAGACAAAGUCGACACUCAGUACACCUGUCCGUCUACUAUAGUUGUCCAGGAGUUUACCAAAGGUUUUCAGGUCCAUUUUUAUCAUCAGCACUACAACCAUUCCACACCGGGUUACAAACUGUCAGAGAAAUACAAGAAAUACUCCAUUUCGUCAUUCAUGAAACGUGCAGCGGAUUACAAAAACCUUGCGCAAUUGAAACAGGACGACGCAGACUUGUAUAUGCAAUUCAAAGCGUUAAUGGAGGGCAUAAUUGUCGACGCUGCGAAAAUUAACAUUGCAACGCUCAAAGUGUUAGUGGGUAAAGCAUUAGAAAUUACGGCGAUAUUAACUAACUAUGACGAAGAGUUGGAUGACAUCUCAACGGUAGCUUCGAAACCAAAGCCACGCAUGUCAGACGUCGAAAUAUCUAAGUUAUUAGAAGAACCUAACACUAAAAGGAAAGUGACCGAAGCAACUAAAAGCGGUCAUGCAACGGAUGCUAGUUUAGCGAAACGAAAAAAAAUUGAAGUUCCAACAAAUAUUGUUAGUAUACCAAAUGAAAGACAUAUAACAAUUGAUACAAAUGAAGUCGCCGAAUCAUCCUCACCGAAAAUACUGAACUCCUUUUCGCUAGCUGAAACACACAUUAAUAGCAGACCUAUAAGAACUAUAGCAGAAAAAAGUACCCAGGAAUCAGAAAUUGAAGUUGUAGAAGAAAAUAAGUCAAAAGCAAAUGGCGUAGACGUACCUUCUUCUUUUAACGAUUCCUACAAGGAUUUUGUCGUUAAAAACUUUCCCAUUAUGGAAUCUGUUGCAUCUAGAACUCGAAGUAAGCCGGUAGUCAAAACUCGUAUCGGUCAAUUCAAACCGAAUGUAACCAAAAUGGAUGAUACACCUAAAUUGCUUACAACUCCGACAAGAAAUGUAGAGGAAAAAACGAAAUUAGUACCCAGACUGACUAAAAUAGUUGAUAAUACACCAAAAUUGAUACAAAGAAUGUCUAAAGCGGUAGAAGAAAACGUUGGAUUGGGACCUAGAAUGGCUAAAAUAGUGCAAGAUAGCCCGAAAUUGGUACCUAAGAAAACAGUUGAAGAUAUAUUAGUUACUGAAACAGCAAAAACAAUGGAUGAUACCUCUAAAUUAAUACUCAAAACCACUGGAAUAGUGGUAGAUAGCCCUAAAUUGGUGGCCGGACGGGCUAAAAAUUUGGAAGACAAAAACAACACAUCCAAAGUUAUUAAUAAAAAAGACAACAAAACUCAGAUACAGAUAAUAGAGAGACAACAAACAGAUUCAGAUAAUGAGACGCCAAAAACUAAGCAGAUCAAAAAAGUCUAUACACCAAAAGCGAAAACAGUGACCAGGAACUAUAGUGUCUCAUCAACAACCAGUUUUGAUAAACCUAAAGUUGAUUUUGAUUAUGAGGUCAAAGAGCGAGCAGAUGACUGUAAUAUAUUGAUUUUGAAGUUUUAAGUAAACACAUACGGGCAUUUUGUAUUUUGAUGGGCCAUCUGUAAAUACUUCACUUGUUAAAUUAUGACCGAUUUACAUUAUUCCAGCUGAUCGUGGUGAGUUGUUUUCAGUGAUUCACUGGAAUGUUUGACUUUGUACACAUUAUUCCAGUAACAUUAAGCAUUUGGCACACACUAUAAUAUAUACUGUAGUUUGGAUUGGGUAUCUUUAGUUCUUUUUUUUUUGUUCAAUUUGUUUUA